GCUGCUGGUACCUACCUGCUAGAGAGGCGCAGGCAGCGGCGGAGAUCCCGACUGGGGCGGGGCCAUGUCGGACCUGGGCUCGGAGGAGUUGGAGGAGGAGGGCGAGAAUGAUCUUGGGGAAUAUGAAGGGGAUCGGAAUGAGAUGGGUGAACGGCACGGACAUGGGAAAGCGAGACUGCCCAAUGGGGACGUAUAUGAAGGGAACUAUGAACACGGUAAAAGACAUGGCCAGGGGACCUACAAAUUUAAAAGUGGUGCUCGAUAUGUUGGAGAAUAUGUUAAAAAUAAAAAGCAUGGUCAAGGCACUUUUAUAUAUCCCGAUGGAUCAAAAUAUGAAGGGGAGUGGGCGAACGACCUGCGGCACGGCCACGGCGUGUACUACUACGUCAACAACGACACCUACACCGGGGAGUGGUUUGCUCACCAAAGAAACCUGGAAGGGUUGUCACUGCAGCGGAACACGGUGCACGGUGCUCCUUAUAUUAACCAGGCACGGCCAAGGCACCUACUUCUAUGCAGAGACCGGCAGCAAGUACGUGGGCACCUGGGUGAACGGACAGCAGGAUGGUGCAGCCGAGCUGGUUCACCUGAACCACAGGUACCAGGGCAAGUUCUUGAACAAAAAUCCUGUUGGCCCUGGAAAGUAUGUGUUUGACAUUGGAUGCGAACAGCACGGGGAAUAUCACUUAACAGGUGUGGAAAGAGAAGAGGAAGAAGAGGAGGAGACGUUAGUGACCGUCAUCCCCAAAUGGAAGGCCACCAGAAUCACAGAGUUGGCCUUGUGGACCCCCACCCUCCCUGAGAAGGAGCGCCCGGCAGACAGAGCUGGCCAGGAGGAGGCCCCAGGAGCCGAGGGCAGGGACGAGCCGGCAGAGGAGGCCCAGCCUCUGACGGACCUCUCAGAGGGGGAGAUGGACUCACUGCGGCCCGGAGAGGAGGAGGGAGACAUCGCCAGGGAGGAGAGAGAGGAGUUCCACUAUGACAGCCUGGACCAGGGAAAUAUUAGUUUUGAAGAAGAAGAAAACAGGCCCUCAGAUCUACUAGACUGAGAUGAAGAAGCCAAAACGCGAGGAGAGUGUGUGAGGAAGGCGUGUCUGUUGCCAGGGCAGCUGGUAUGAAUCUGUUACUAGCCUUUCUUACUUAGUUGUUUGUUAAAAUGUUUUACGACUGCAAAUAAAUGUCUUCAUUAUC